AUGAUUAAUGAAGUAGAUGCUGAUGGUAAUAGAACGGACUCUCCUGAAUUUCUGACAAUGAUGGCAAGAAAAAUGAAAGACACACAAAGUGAAGAAGAAAUUAGAGAAGCAUUCCUUGUGUUUGAUAAGGAUGGCAAUGGCUAUAUCAGUGCAGCAGAACUUUGCCAUGUGAUGACAAACCCCAGAGAGAAGCUAACAGAUGACAAAGUUGAUGAAAUGAUCAGGGAAACAGGUAUUGAUGGUGAUGGUCAGGUAAACUAG